UUUCUCUCGUCUCCUGCCCGCAUUUUGUGGGGGGUUUGGGCGGGAGAUAGUGCAGCGGACACGGGCAGAGUCAUGGCGGUGGACGACGUCUCGCGAGCUCGGGGCGCGUGCAUGCGGGGAUGCUUCGGACAAAUUGGUUCUCGCUCUGUGGGCCUCCUCUCGCGCGUGUACCUUCGGGAAGCGGCAGCGGCACCCACCGCAUCUCCGUCUCUGCGGCGUGUGUCCCCUUCCCCGCACCGUGACGACGCGAGGGCGGACACAGCACACCCGCGCCGCGUCGCCGAUGCCGUCUUCGCGCCCAGGGCUUUGGUCCCGAGUUGUUGGGGUGGGGCGGCGCUGUGGUUGCGCGCCUUGGCCUGGCAUGCGCGAUGCGCGUCGUUGGCGUGUCGAGACGCGGGCGAGCGUGGAGGGCGGUCGAGCGGCGGGAGAUACUCCGGCCCCGCCUCCUUCAACACUUCGAGAGCAGAGGACAACACGUCCAAGGACUGAGUGAGAACGACGCUCGAAACCCCGAGUGGCCAAUGCUGUAAACUGACGGGAUGGGGUUCGUAAUAGCGGGCUGCUCGGGCAGGGAGUGACACUCGCGUCCCCUCUGCCGCUCGAGGCAGAGACUCGCCAAGGCCAGAGCAAGCUACUUCCAGGGGUGGAGCGGGAAUGCGCCGCUCACGGCCUUCGCGUACACCGGCAAGCGCGAUGUAGCACGCUGUUCGCGGGGCGCCGUCGCAUCGACUCUGCCCCGGCAAUGUCGUCGAGCAACGGGGCGCAAAUGUCGCCUGCGCCGUCUCGCGUCGAUGUCUCGCUUGUUAGGCCGCCGCACACCCCGUCACCGCCGUCUCCAAGUCAGUCCCAGGCCCCGGACGCGACGCGCACGCAUCCGUCUCCCGAGGCGGCGGGAGGCACUCGAGCACUCGCCCGGGCGUCCUGUACGUGUACGUGCACGUCCCUCUGCACGUCCUGCAUCUCCUACACACAAUACACCCCCGCCCUUCCCUCGCAGCGCGCGUCUUCGGCCGCAGGACAGACAGGCCCUCCCCCAUGCGUGCGGGACGCGCAGAUCUCGCGUCGAGAGACCGAGACCGAGACCGAGACCGAGACGGCGGGCACCGACGCGCGCGGAAGUGUUUCGGCGGACGCGGAUAGCGUAGUGCGUUGCGAGGGAAUGCACCCGCUGCGUCCCUGGGCGCGCGUCGAUGGCUGCGCGCCGCGUACAAGGCGGGGCGGCCCCCUUGCGCAGGCGUGUGCCGCCUGGUUCGACGCACGGCGUGGGCACUGGGUGUGUAGGUUCGGGCGGGUAGUAGUAUCUAGACGGACGUUCGAGGGCAAAUACUGUAUUUUGGGAGACAAUUUUGUAAUGUACAUGAAGAGU